GGAUGGGGGCAGUAGCAGUUGUUGUCUCACUUUUGCACAAACACAAAUUCACUUCAAUGCUGACAGACUCUAGCCUAUUCUGAAACUUAGAAACGGCAAGAAAAGUUUAGUCCUCAUAUCGAUGUUUCACCGCAGGUGCUUUGAUACAAGAUAAUGCUAGAGGAUGGGGCAUAAUGUUGGCCAUAGCCCUCAACACGUGCCACAUACUUUCUGCUGUAGAUAAAAACAUGAACAAGAGAGAGAGAGAAAGAAGGAGAGAUUGAGAGAACUUUGCACCGCAACACAGGAAACUAAGUCACCAUGGUAACAGAGGGAUAGGAAUCAGACCGCUCCUCUGCAUUUGACUCUCUGUAGUUGGCAGUCGCUCCUAUGCUGGACUCCACAGGACGAGAGGGACAGUUUGCAACAGUGCCAUGCUAAAAGAAAGACUCUAUUGCGGAUCAAACAUUUUCUUUAUUUUCACAAAGAUAAAACGUUACUUCUCUGAUAGCAGGGCUUGUCCACUGGCUCUAUGAAUGAAGCAAUGGAUAUUGACCAAAGCACCAAUUGCACCAACGCCACAUGUACAAAUCUGUACGAUCACCGACCAGUGGCGCGGGUUCUCAUGCCACUGUAUUACUCAAUCGUGUUUUUGGUGGGUCUCUUUGGUAACGCGUUGGCAUUGCACGUCAUCCGUCCCAACCUGCGCAAGAUGAACUCCACCACGCUCUACUCGGCCAACUUGGUGGUUUCGGACAUCCUGUUUGCCCUCUCGCUGCCGCUGCGUGUGGUCUACUACGCGCUGGGCUUCCACUGGCCCCUGGGCGAGUUUGCGUGCAAGGCCACGGCGCUGGUGUUUUACAUCAACACCUACGCUGGGGUCAACUUCAUGACCUGUCUGAGCGUGGACCGCUUCAUCGCCGUGGUGCUGCCGCUGCGGCUGUCGCGCUUCCGCAAGGUCCAGCGCGUCAAGUGGGUGUGCGUGUGUGUGUGGAUGCUGGUGCUUGCCCAGACCCUGCCACUGCUGUCCAUGCCCAUGACCCAUGCCGAGCCCGGCGGCUACGUCACCUGCAUGGAGUACCCCAACUUCGAGACGGUGCCCAACCUCCCGUUCAUGCUCAUCGGCGCCGUCUUCCUGGGCUACGGCAUCCCCGUGGUCAUCAUCUUGGUCUGCUACUCGUGGCUGUGCUCCAAACUGCGCCUGUCGGCCAAGACCAACCACCUGACGGAGAAGUCCGGCCGCAACAAGAAGGCCAUCGGGGUCGUCCUCUGCGUCAUCCUGGUUUUCGUGGUCUGCUACACGCCCUACCAUAUGGACCUGCUGCAGUACAUGGUUCGUAAGUUGCGUUACGAUCCUGACUGUGGCGAGCUGCACCGUUUCCAGAUCUCGCUGCACGUCACCGUGUGCCUGAUGAACCUCAACUCCUGCCUGGACCCGUUCAUCUACUUCUUUGCCUGCAAGGGCUACAAGAAGAAGGUGAUGAAGCUGCUCAGGAGGCAGGUGAGCAUGUCCUUCUCCAGCAACGCUCGCACUUCGCCCGAGGAGUCAUCCCGCGACCUUGACCACAACAGGGUCCGUCUCUACAGCAGGGGUGAACACCACUGAAAAGACCUGAAGAGUCCAUGCCGAGCGUUUAGAACUCAGGGGGUUCUGGGAGGGUUCCAGAAUCCAGAAAUAUCUGCAACCAUAAAUUAUCUUUUUUUUUCUUUCCUCAUUUGAAAAAAACAGGGCUUGAGGGUCAUGUGACUCAAACUUCUAUAAACUUCUAUAGAGUCAUAUGACUCAAACUUCUAUAAAGUCAACAACAACAGGAAGAAAGAAAUGACAGCUACCAUGCUUGGACUGUAUGAUGACCAGAUAUGAAGGGAAUCACGAUGAACUGUCUUAAAAAAAAAAACAGAUAAUUAUCGGUAGUCUUUUCUAAACAAUUAUUGAAAGACACAAUCAUAAAGUGGGAUAAGAAAACAGAGGCUGCUAAAAUGUAACCUGCCACCAACUUCAUUUAUUUUGCUAUGUACAGUAUAUGACUGUCCUUUUGAUAAUGAAUUUUUCACCACAUGUAAAGUGUCAAACUGGUUCUUCACUUGCUGAAGAUGAAAUUCCUUUGCUUGCGGUUUCUCAGGGUAAAGAGCAAAGCCACACAGAACAAAUUAGGGCGUUGUGAGUGCAUGUAGUGCUCAAGAUCAUGUUAACUGUUCUGAUGGGGAUUGUUUAUAAGUUAAUGAUGCAAGAUUUGACAAGUCAUCCCAGAUACCAGUUACUGUUGAACAUUAGGGCUUAAUGGAGAGUGCUGAAUGCCUUGUGAUUUGGCCUGAUGAGGACUACAGAGCAACUGAAAGUUUCAUGUUUCACCCUGUCUUGUAUUUACAUCUAUGUUUGUUCUCUAGAGAUCUCUGUGCUCUAUACACUCACUCUUAA